UGCCUCCCUCGGGGAAGAACGAGUCAAGACGCGAGCUGUGCCAUUACCUUGCUGAUGUCCCACAGCACCAAUCUGCUCUGACGCUUGGCAAACUCCAAGGCUGUCCCUCUCCCUAUACCGUGGCCAGCACCUGUGAUGAGAACGAGCUCUCCACUGACAGACUUUCUCUUCACAGGGAUAAAAAGCUUCACAAACGCCUCUAAGUAGGAGUAGAUGAGCGUGACCACGAACAGGAGGAUUUCCACGAACAGAUUCAUGCUGUUGCUGACAGUCCUAUGGCUGUCGGACUGGACUUCAGCCUCUCCUGCUGAGGACGCGGGUUGCUGAUUCAGCAGCAGCCCUGCGGAGCACACACCGCCCCAGCGGUCAAUCACACCGCGCAGCUCCCCAGGCACCCCUCGGCUCCACGUUCCAGAAGAGAGCCCGCGGCUGCCUGAUCGGCUGCACCUCCCAGGGCCGCAACAGCCAAUCAGAGAGCGGCGUUUGGGAGGGGGCGUGACCAUCGGGAGGACAACCCAGUGGGCUGGAGGCGGUCAGGAUCGGCGGCGCUCAGUCAAUGAGAGGCGAGCUUGUCCUGAGGGCUGUAGUACGGAUGCUGUGCUGCUCCUCUGCCGUACCCUCGUGUCAGCCGGCAUCAAAGCAUGUUCUGGUGUAACAUUUGCUGCAGGUGGAAGAGAGACGGGAGUAGUGAUGCCGUUGUUCCCUCAGUUAAAUGCAAAAAACCGAGAGCUUCUGAGGCGCCCUUCACCUCUGCAUUUCAACUCUAUCUCAAAUGCUGCUGUGUGGCUGCCCAGCUGCUCAGUCUCCUGAAGUCCUUAAGCAGUUUUCUUCAGGAUCUGGAAUCUGUGCUCUGGCAAGAACACCUCCUCAGCAGAACAGCUACACUAGCUAUUAAAAUCAUGUGACAGGAGAAAUCUUGCUCUACGUGGCAGAGAGAAGAAGUAGAGUACUUUUGAUGCAAUUUUCCCAGCCUCUAUGACCUCAGUCUCUGGUGUUGACAUGAAGAAACAAACACUACUAAGCAGCAGCUCCUCUUUCUGAAACUACUCUGGGGCUGUUGGUUCAGAGGAACUGUUGUUCACAAGCCCAAGGGAAAUGGCAGUCUAUGAAGAAAAAGUGUUAACUUGUUCUCCCUCUCCUUCUGUAUAAACUGGUAGAGCAGGAAACUAAAAGGCACAAGUUCCCUCAGGAGUUGGACAUCUAAAGAGCAAACCUGCAAUGACAUGUGAUAUGCCAGAGCCUCACAGAAGAGGAAGAGAGUGGCUGCCAUCCACGAAACACUGAUUUCAUUCUCUGUACAGAAAUCAACAAGUGGGCAUAUUCCAGGGGCUAUCAUGAAUUGUAUACCAUGCCUCUUCUCUUGAUUUCCCAACCUUUCCAAAGAUGAAGCAUGUUUGGGUUCUCUCUGCCGUGCUCUGGAUACCACCUCGCCGAUUAGCACCGAGUGACUGUGGGACCCAGACACUGACAUCUCUGGUGCAAUGGGGAAUGUCCUGGGCUGGGGCUCAGCGUCCCCGUCCGUGAGCCUGCAGGAGCGACCGUAGCAGCAGGUGUGUGGAUGCAGUCGUGUGUCGCCCUUCCCGUGCUAUUAACCCCCAGUGCCUCCCUCGGGGAAGAACGAGCCAAGACGCGAGCUGUGCUAUUACCUUGCUGAUGUCCCACAGCACCAAUCUGCUCUGACGCUUGGCAAACUCCAAGGCUGUCACUCUCCCUACACCGUGGCCAGCACCUGUGAUGAGAACGAGCUCUCCACUGACAGACUUUCUCUUCACAGGGAUAAAAAGCUUCACAAACGCCUCUAAGUAGGAGUAGAUGAGCGUGACCACGAACAGGAGGAUUUCCACAAACAGAUUCAUGCUGCUGCUGACAGUCCGUUUAUUCCCGAACGGCGCGACGACAGCGCAGCGCCAGUGCCGAUCCGUGUGCGCUGCUGUCCGGCUCAGGGCCGGCACCACAGGGGCCUUCCGGGAGUGCCCCUCUCCGGUCGCAAGGGGGCUCCCGUGGCCCGCCUGAGCUCGCUCCGCCCGUCCUGUCAGUCACAGGCAGGGACAGCUGCCUCGCCGCGGCCUGCCCGCCUUGCCCAGCCCUGUCCACCCGGACUCGGGGGUCUCCUCGCCCCGCAGGGCUCCGUGAAAAGCGAAGACCGCAACAGCCGAGGCCAGGCAGCAAGCAGGGUGUGAGGAGCAGCCGCCGCCAGCGGCCCGACAAGCCACACCUCCCAGCGGCACAGCAACCAAUCAGAGAGCGGCGUUUGGGGGGCGUGUCUAUGGAGGGGACGAGCCGGAUGUUUGGAAGCUCUCCUGAUUGGUGGCUCUCACCCAAUGAGAGUAAUUUGUCUACAAACUGUUGGUCCCAUCUUCAACCUGUUAACAUGCUCAACAGUUAUAAUGUUAAGCUCUACCACAGCAAAGCUCUCACCUCCCCAUAUCCAGGGUCACACGUGGAGCGUAGCCAAGUUCCUGCAGAUAAAGUGGGCUGGCUGACUGAGUGGAAAGAUUAUAAUCCUGUGGAGUACACUGCAAAAUCUGUUUUGGCUGGACCCAGUUGGGCAGAUCCCCAGAUCAAUGAUAAAGGGUUUUCUCCCAAAUUCAAUGAAAGAGAUGGAGAAGUAGACAGGAAGAGUCUCAAUGGCACAUAUGUGGUUGAAAAUGGGAGGCCCCGAAAUCCGGUGGGAAGGACUGGCCUCACAGGCAGAGGAUUGUUAGGGCGCUGGGGACCAAACCAUGCUGCUGAUCCUGUUGUAACUAGGUGGAAGAGAGAUGGAAGUGGCAAUAAAAUUGCUCAUCCAGUUACUGGCAGAAACAUCUUGCAGUUUGUAGCUAUCAAGAGGAGAGACUGUGGGGAGUGGGCCAUUCCAGGGGGGAUGGUGGACCCAGGAGAGAAGAUUAGUGCUACACUCAAGCGAGAAUUUGAGGAGGAGGCCUUGAAUUCCUUGCAGAAAUCACCUGAGGAGAAAGCUGAAUUAGGAAAGCAACUCCACAAGCUGUUCAGCCAGGAACACUUUGUGGUAUACAGAGGAUAUGUGGAUGACCCUCGUAACACUGAUAAUGCCUGGAUGGAGACAGAGGCUGUGAACUAUCAUGAUGAAACUGGUGAGACAUUGGAUAAUUUGCCCCUGGAAGCAGGUGAUGAUGCUGGAAUGGUCAAGUGGGUUGACAUCAGUGAGAAGCUCAAGCUGUAUGCAAGUCAUAGCUACUUUGUUAAGCUUGUGACUGAGAAACGGGGAGCCCACUGGAGUGAGAAUCCUGGCCCUGAGUGCCAUGAGUGAUGUAAAUGAAGAACCAAUGAACACCAAGGGGAGAAUACGUUUUCCAGCUUUGAAAGAGAUGACACUGUCCUUUUCAGUGACAAUUCUACAAAAUUCACCUGGCAAAAACACUCUGCAAUGAUAAAUAGAGGCUUUUUCAGAGGCUUCAGAUUUCUUACCUAAUGUGAAAUGAUGUGAAUGUAGAACUGUUACCUUGUUUUGCUUUGUCUUCAUUAUUUGCAACCAUUUCAUAACAUCCGCCAAUCUGCAUGACAACACAGGGAUUCUGACUGGUUGUAGCUGAGAGGCUCUCCACUGUAGCUCUCUAUUUUUGUGCUCAUUUCUUGUCAAGUGUAUGAAUCCAUAAAGGAUGAGGGACUUGUGGGAGGAUAGCCUGAAUAAUAACUCGAUUGAAGUGCUACAUAAUAAAAUGACAUUUCUUUUCUGA